UUCCGUAUUAUUCGAGCAUACGAAGUUUCUUAGAGAGCCAUUAGGUAAUGCACGGGAUUUUGAUGAUAAUGGUUAUUUGAAGCGUUUUCGGUUAUUUAAUUCAAAUAUAGUGCAAACAUGGACGAUAAAAUUGUCGUGUCAAAAAAGCGCGAGAUUAACUGGUUAAGAGUGCUUUUUCAGUUAGAGGUAAACACUUCGGCUAUUUUUACGGUCGGUUACGUUAUAAAAUAUGGGUGUUUAUGGAAAACAGCUUUUUUUGCGUUAGCUCUCACAGUUCUAGGAGUGCUGGGGGAAUUCGCCGGAGCCCAUAGACUAUGGGCGCAUGCUUCUUACAAAGCCAACACGGGCCUCAGGAUAUUUUUGAUGCUGUGUCAAACUUUAGUCGGACACGGAACCAUCUACGAAUGGGUCCAAUGGCACCGAUUGCACCACAAACACUUCGGGACCGACCUGGACCCCUAUAAUCCGAAAAAAGGGUUCCUUUACUCGCACUUCUUUUGUCUGCUACGAGAUCUCAGUCCGGCCCAACUGGAAGCUUUGAAAGAGAUCGACAUGUCGGAUUUGGAGGGCGAUAAAGUAAUUAUGUUUCAAAAGAAUUGGUACAAUUUCAUCUUUCCUAUCGUGGGCGUCCUGCUCCCAAUAAAUGCGCCGUGUGAGUACUGGGGUGAAGCCAUCGUAACCUCCUUCAUGGUAGUCGGAUGGUUUAAGUACGCACUAACUUUACACUUGUGCUGGUUACUACACAGUGCCAUGAAUAUUUGGGACUUGAAACCGGGUGAGAAAUUUCCAGCCGAUACGAACCUGGUAUUCCUUAUCACCAAAACCUACUGGAUAUCCUAUCACUAUUUAACCCCGUGGGACUACCAGACGAGCGAAUACGGUAAAUACGGCUCAGACUGGAUCACGAAGUUCAUCAAAGUGUGCGCGGCUCUGGAUUGUGCCAGCGAGUUAAAAACGGUCGAUGGUCCCAGUGUGCGGAAGGCCCUGGCAAAAUCGUUGACCGAGAAUCGGAGAGUGGACGAGUGUCUGGCAGAAUGUGCCGGGAUCGAAGGUUACACCAAAGGUCACGGAGUGGCACAAAAAGUUUGUUGUUCUUAGAUAUAGUUCACUUUAUUAAAACCGUUAUAAUAGUA